GAGGAGGAGGAGGAGGGGGGGAAGCUUUAAAUAAAGCCUUUGGAUUGCAGCUGCUUAUUUUGGGCAGUCCUAACCAGGGACGAUUCCUGCCAGGAAAGAAGCUGGACCGGUCCUUUUUUUUUUUUUUUUUUUUAAAUUUAUUUUGAUUUUGAUUUUUUUGGGGGUGGCAGUGGUGUAUUGCCGAGCUGCCUGCUGCGAUGAGCUCCGGCGCCUGGCUGUAGUUGCCCACUUUGGGAUCGCUGGACACAUAAGUGGCAUUUCGGUGGGGGGGAAGCCUGCAGACAUGUGAGAAUGGCUGGACCAUUGCAGUGGCGCACUGAUUUUUGUGGAUGGUGAACACAAAAAGGGGAUUGAGAAGAGACCACCCGAGUUAUUCUGACACAUGACUUGAGUGCUUUCUAUUCUUAGACAGAUGAGGAUCUGAAAUAUGUAGACUGAGCAUAACACAUGUCCAGGUUAAAACUGUAUCCUACAAGAAGUAUUUGAUGGAUUAUUCCUAGAUAUUUCUAAGAAGGUAAAUACAAAAAGUUAUUCCAAUCUGACCACCAUACAGACGUCAUUACUUUAAUGUUGAAUACUCAGACAAGGGUGCCAUGGAUGUAAAAGAAAGGAAACCGUAUCGAUCUCUGACUCGGCGCCGCGACACUGAGCGCCGCUACACCAGCUCUUCAGCCGAGAGUGAGGACAGCAAGGUACCCCAGAAGUCCUACAGCUCCAGUGAGACCCUGAAGGCUUAUGAUCAAGACUCCAGGUUGACCUACAGCAAUCGGGUCAAAGACAUGGUGCACCAGGAGGCCGAUGAGUUCUGCCGAGCGGGAGCCAACUUCUCUUUGCGAGAGCUGGGUCUUGAAGAUGUGACGCCCACACAUGGGACUUUGUACCGGACUGAUAUCGGCCUGCCUCACUGUGGCUACUCCAUCAGCGCCGGCUCGGAUGCCGACACGGAGGCAGACGUGGUCAUGUCGCCUGAGCACCCGGUGAGGCUCUGGGGACGCAACACCAAGUCCGGACGCAGCUCCUGCUUGUCGAGUCGGGCCAACUCCAACCUCACCCUCACUGACACGGAGCACGAGAACACCGAAACCGGUCCUCCCCUGCGUUGUUCGUCCGCCUCCUCCACCCCCCCCGAGCAGUCCCCCUCCCCUCCCCCCUCGCCGCCGGCCAAUGAGGGCCCGGGGCGGUUGCUGGGCAACGGCGCGGCCCAGCCGGCCGCGGACUCUGACUCUGAGGAAGAGUUUGUCCCUAAUUCAUUCUUAGUUAAAAGUGGCUCUGGAAACCUCUGUGUCGCCGCCAACGAUCAUCCUCCAAAUCUUCAAAAUCAUUCAAGACUUAGAACUCCACCACCUCCAAUAUCACAUGCUCACACCCCAAAUCAACAUCACGCGGCGUCUAUCAAUUCCCUAAACAGAGGGAACUUCACUCCACGCAGCAACCCCAGCCCAGCUCCUACGGACCACUCUCUUUCUGGAGAACAACCAGCCAGCACACAAGAGCCAGCCCAUGCUCAGGACAACUGGUUACUUAACAGUAACAUCCCACUGGAGACUAGAAACAUAGCAAAGCAGACAUUCCUAGAGACAUUGCAGGACAACCUCAUUGAGAUGGACAUUCUCACCUCCUCCCGACAUGACGGUGCUUACAAUGAUGGGCACUUCCUGUUCAAACCUGGAGGCACUUCUCCCCUUUUUUGUACAACAUCGCCGGGAUAUCCCUUGACGUCCAGCACUGUGUACUCACCUCCCCCUAGGCCCCUUCCCAGAAGUACCUUCUCUAGGCCUGCCUUUAACCUGAAGAAGCCCUAUAAGUACUGUAACUGGAAAUGCGCUGCUCUGAGUGCCAUUGUCAUCUCAGUCACGCUGGUGAUCCUGCUGGCGUAUUUCAUAGCCAUGCACCUGUUUGGCCUAAACUGGCACCUGCAGCCGAUGGAAGGGCAGAUGUAUGAAAUCACGGAAGACACAGCCAGCAGUUGGCCAGUGCCAACGGACGUCUCCUUAUAUCCUUCGGGGGGCACAGGGUUAGAGUUACCUGACAGGAAAGGCAAAGGAACCAGUGAAGGAAAGCCCAGUAGUUUCUUUCCAGACGACAGUUUUAUAGACUCUGGAGAAAUUGAUGUUGGCAGACGAGCCACACAGAAGAUCCCUCCUGGUAUCUUUUGGAGAUCUCAGGUGUUCAUCGACCACCCUGUGCAUCUGAAAUUCAAUGUGUCUUUAGGAAAGGCUGCUCUGGUUGGCAUCUACGGCAGAAAAGGCCUCCCGCCAUCACACACACAGUUUGACUUUGUCGAGCUCCUUGAUGGAAGACGUCUACUGACACAGGAGGCGAGAAGCUUAGAAGGACCUCAGCGGCAACACAGAGCUUUUGUGCCCCUGUCCAGCCAUGAGACAGGGUUUAUCCAGUAUUUAGAUUCAGGAAUAUGGCAUUUAGCCUUCUACAAUGAUGGCAAGGAGUCGGAAGUGGUUUCUUUUCUUACUACCGCUAUUGAAUCGGUGGAUAAUUGUCCCAGUAAUUGCUAUGGGAAUGGAGACUGCGUGUCUGGGACUUGCCAUUGCUUCCUUGGCUUUCUGGGCCCUGACUGUGGCAGAGCAUCCUGCCCAGUGCUGUGCAGUGGAAAUGGGCAGUACAUGAAGGGGAGGUGUUUGUGCCAUAGCGGCUGGAAAGGAGCGGAAUGUGAUGUCCCGACGAACCAGUGCAUUGACGUCUCCUGCAAUAACCAUGGCACGUGCAUCAUGGGGACCUGUAUCUGCAACCCAGGAUACAAAGGCGAGAGCUGUGAAGAAGUGGACUGCAUGGAUCCUACCUGCUCGGGACGAGGCGUGUGCGUGCGAGGAGAAUGUCACUGCUCAGUCGGCUGGGGAGGAACAAACUGUGAGACCCCAAGAGCCACUUGUCUGGACCAGUGCUCUGGUCAUGGGACCUUCCUCCCAGAUACUGGACUCUGCAGCUGCGAUCCCAACUGGACUGGACAUGAUUGCUCAAUCGAGAUUUGUGCAGCGGACUGCGGAGGACACGGCAUUUGUGUCGGAGGCACCUGCCGCUGCGAGGAGGGAUGGAUGGGCACAGCCUGUGAUCAGCGAGCGUGUCACCCACGCUGCAAUGAGCACGGGACAUGCCGGGAUGGCAAGUGUGAAUGCAGCCCGGGCUGGAACGGAGAGCACUGCACUAUUGAGGGAUGCCCUGGCUUGUGUAACGGCAACGGCAGAUGCACUCUGGACAUGAACGGCUGGCACUGCGUCUGCCAGCUGGGCUGGAGAGGAGCGGGCUGCGAUACUUCCAUGGAGACGGCAUGCGGCGAUGGGAAAGACAACGACGGAGAUGGCCUGGUGGAUUGCAUGGACCCAGACUGCUGCUUGCAGCCACUGUGCCACGUCAAUGCGCUGUGCCUGGGCUCCCCGGACCCCCUGGAUAUCAUCCAGGAGACGCAAGCCCCCAUCUCCCAGCAGAGCUUGCAUUCGUUCUACGAUCGGAUCAAGUUCCUGAUCGGCAAGGACAGCACUCACAUCAUCCCAGGAGAAAAUCCUUUUGAAGGAGGACACGCAUGUGUGAUUCGAGGCCAGGUGAUGACGGCAGAUGGGACCCCUCUAGUUGGAGUGAACAUCAGCUUUGUCAACAAUCCUCUUUUUGGAUACACAAUCAGCAGACAAGAUGGCAGCUUUGAUCUCGUUACCAUUGGUGGGAUCUCCAUUAUCCUGCACUUUGAGCGGGCUCCCUUCAUCACCCAGGAGCACACGCUGUGGCUGCCAUGGGAUCGCUUCUUCGUGAUGGAAACCAUAGUCAUGAGGCAUGAAGAGAAUGAGAUCCCAAGCUGUGACCUCAGUAACUUUGCCCGGCCCAACCCUGUGGUCUCUCCAUCUCCGCUGACAGCUUUUGCAAGUUCCUGCUCGGAGAAAGGUCCUAUUGUUCCUGAAAUCCAGGCUCUACAGGAAGAGAUUAAUGUUUCCGGUAGUAAAAUAAAAGUGAGUUACCUGAGCAGUCGCACAGCUGGCUACAAAUCAGUCCUGAGGAUCAGCAUGACCCACCCCACCAUCCCCUUCAACCUCAUGAAAGUCCACCUCAUGGUGGCCGUCGAGGGACGCCUAUUCAGAAAGUGGUUUGCAGCUGCUCCAGACCUGUCCUAUUAUUUCAUCUGGGAUAAGACAGACGUCUACAGCCAGAAGGUGUAUGGGCUCUCGGAAGCCUUCGUUUCAGUAGGUUAUGAGUAUGAAUCCUGUCCUGACUUGAUCCUGUGGGAGAAGAGGACAGCUGUGCUUCAGGGUUAUGAAAUUGAUGCUUCCAAACUUGGAGGAUGGACCCUGGACAAACACCAUGCCCUCAACAUACAAAGUGGCAUCUUGCAUAAAGGAAACGGGGAAAACCAGUUUAUUUCCCAGCAGCCGCCUGUAAUUGGAAGCAUUAUGGGCAACGGCCGCAGACGUAGCAUUUCUUGUCCAAGCUGCAAUGGUCUUGCAGAUGGGAACAAACUCCUGGCUCCUGUUGCCCUAACAUGUGGGUCUGAUGGAAGUCUUUAUGUUGGAGAUUUCAACUACAUCCGAAGGAUCUUUCCCUCUGGCAAUGUCACCAACAUACUGGAGCUGAGAAAUAAAGAUUUCAGACAUAGCCACAGCCCAGCUCAUAAGUAUUACUUGACCACAGAUCCAAUCACCGGCUCCAUCUACCUCUCCGACACCAACAGCCGACGUAUCUAUAAAAUCAAGUCAACAACAUCAGUGAAAGACAUUGUGAAGAAUUCAGAGGUCUUGGCUGGAACUGGGGAUCAGUGCCUCCCGUUCGAUGAUACCCGCUGCGGAGAUGGAGGCAAAGGCACUGAUGCUACCCUUACAAAUCCCAGGGGCAUCACUGUGGACAAGUUUGGGCUGAUUUACUUUGUGGAUGGCACUAUGAUCAGGCGGAUUGAUCAGAAUGGGAUCAUCUCAACUGUGUUGGGUUCCAAUGACUUGACAUCGGCUCGGCCUCUCAGCUGUGACUCUGUCAUGGACAUUUCUCAGGUUCGUCUAGAAUGGCCCACGGAUUUGGCAGUCAAUCCAAUGGAUAAUUCACUCUACGUCCUCGACAAUAACGUUGUGUUACAGAUAUCUGAGAACCACCAAGUGCGCAUCGUGGCGGGGAGGCCCAUGCAUUGCCAGGUGCCGGGCAUGGAUCAUUUUCUCCUUAGCAAGGUGGCAAUCCAUGCCACGCUCGAGUCUGCUACCGCCCUGGCUGUCUCACAUAACGGGGUCCUGUAUAUUGCUGAGACUGAUGAGAAAAAGAUCAAUCGCAUCAGGCAGGUCACCACCAACGGAGAGAUUUCUCUCGUUGCUGGUGCACCAAGCAGCUGUGACUGCAAGAACGAUGCUAACUGUGACUGCUUCUCGGGGGAUGAUGGCUAUGCCAAGGAUGCCAAACUCAAUGCACCAUCCUCCCUUGCUGUUUGUGCAGAUGGGGAGCUGUAUGUUGCUGAUCUUGGAAAUAUCCGAAUCCGCUUUAUUCGGAAAAACAAACCAUUCCUCAACACACAAAAUCUAUAUGAGUUAUCCUCACCCAUAGACCAGGAACUCUACUUGUUUGACACCAGUGGUAAGCACCUUUAUACUCAGAGCCUUACCACUGGAGAUUAUCUUUACAAUUUUACUUAUUCCGGAGAUGGAGAUAUAACCCUGAUCACUGAUAAUAAUGGCAACUUAGUCAAUAUCCGAAGAGAUUCCACGGGGAUGCCCCUCUGGCUGGUGGUGCCCGAUGGCCAAGUCUACUGGGUGACAAUUGGUACCAACAGCGCGCUCAAGAGUGUAACAACACAGGGGCAUGAAGUGGCCAUGAUGACAUACCACGGCAAUUCCGGUCUCCUUGCCACUAAAAGCAAUGAAAAUGGUUGGACAACAUUUUAUGAGUAUGACAGCUUUGGCCGCCUGACCAACGUCACCUUCCCUACUGGCCAAGUGAGCAGCUUCCGCAGCGAUACCGACAGCUCCGUGCAUGUCCAGGUGGAAACCUCCAGCAAGGAUGAUGUUACGAUAACAACCAAUUUGUCGGCAUCGGGAGCCUUCUACACCCUGCUCCAAGACCAAGUCCGAAACAGCUACUACAUCGGCGCUGAUGGCUCUCUCAGACUGAUGCUCGCUAACGGCAUGGAGGUGGCCCUGCAAACCGAGCCGCAUCUGCUGGCUGGCACCGUCAACCCCACGGUGGGGAAGAGGAACGUCACCCUGCCCAUCGACAACGGCCUCAAUCUCGUGGAGUGGAGGCAGAGGAAGGAGCAAGCGAGAGGGCAAGUCACCGUCUUUGGACGUCGGCUGAGGGUUCACAACAGAAACCUGCUGUCCCUUGACUUUGAUCGUGUGACAAGGACAGAGAAAAUCUAUGAUGACCACCGCAAGUUCACGCUCCGCAUCCUCUACGACCAGGCGGGAAGGCCCAGUCUCUGGUCACCCAGCAGCAGACUGAACGGGGUCAACGUCACCUAUUCCCCAGGAGGACACAUUGCAGGGAUUCAGAGGGGCACGAUGUCAGAAAGGAUGGAGUAUGAUCAGUCCGGCAGAAUUACAUCCAGGAUCUUUGCUGAUGGCAAAUCAUGGAGUUACACUUACUUGGAGAAGUCCAUGGUGCUGCUCCUUCACAGCCAGAGACAGUACAUCUUUGAGUUUGAUAAGAAUGACCGGUUGUCAUCAGUGACCAUGCCCAACGUUGCCCGUCAGACUUUAGAAACCAUUCGUUCCAUUGGUUACUACAGGAACAUCUACCGGCCACCAGAAGGCAACGCCUCGGUAAUUCAGGAUUUCACGGAGGAUGAGCAGCUCCUCCACACUUUGUACUUGGGCACAGGGAGACGUGUCAUCUACAAGUAUGGAAAGUUGUCCAAAUUAGCCGAAAUGCUCUACGACACCACAAAAAUCAGUUUCACUUACGAUGAAACCGCUGGCAUGCUGAAGACCAUAAACUUACAGAAUGAAGGGUUCACAUGUACAAUCAGAUACAGACAGAUAGGACCCCUCAUUGAUCGACAAAUUUUCCGCUUCACUGAGGAAGGCAUGGUGAAUGCACGCUUUGACUAUAAUUAUGACAACAGCUUUCGGGUGACCAGCAUGCAAGCAGUCAUCAACGAGACACCUUUACCCAUUGAUCUCUACAGGUACGAUGAUGUGUCAGGCAAAACUGAGCAAUUUGGUAAAUUCGGAGUCAUUUACUACGAUAUCAACCAGAUUAUCACCACUGCUGUCAUGACUCACACUAAACAUUUUGAUGCCUAUGGCAGGAUGAAGGAGGUCCAGUAUGAGAUAUUCCGGUCGCUCAUGUACUGGAUGACUGUGCAGUAUGACAACAUGGGGAGAGUGGUUAAGAAAGAGCUGAAGGUUGGCCCUUACGCAAACACAACUAGGUACUCAUAUGAGUAUGAUGCUGACGGCCAGUUGCAGACAGUGUCUAUCAAUGACAAACCACUCUGGCGUUACAGCUAUGACCUAAACGGAAACCUCCAUUUGUUGAGUCCAGGGAAUAGUGCCCGCCUUACACCGCUCAGGUACGACCUCAGGGAUAGGAUUACUAGACUGGGGGAUGUGCAGUACAAAAUGGAUGAAGAUGGCUUCCUGAAGCAAAGGGGCAAUGACAUUUUUGAGUAUAAUUCAGCUGGCCUGCUCAUCAAAGCCUACAAUAAAGCUAGUGGGUGGAGUGUGAAAUACCGCUAUGAUGGCCUAGGAAGGAGAGUCUCUAGCAAAACCAGCCAUGGCCAUCACUUGCAGUUCUUCUACGCAGACCUGACCAACCCAACCAAGGUCACCCAUUUAUACAACCACUCGAGCUCCGAGAUCACCUCCCUCUACUACGACCUCCAAGGCCACCUCUUUGCAAUGGAGCUCAGCAGCGGUGAUGAAUUCUACAUAGCCUGUGAUAACAUUGGCACUCCUUUGGCUGUCUUCAGUGGGACUGGCUUAAUGAUUAAGCAGAUACUGUACACAGCUUAUGGGGAGAUCUAUAUGGACACCAAUCCCAACUUCCAGAUCAUCAUCGGCUACCACGGAGGACUGUAUGACCCCCUCACAAAGCUUAUCCACAUGGGACGGAGAGACUACGAUGUGCUAGCGGGUCGCUGGACCAGUCCAGACCAUGAUAUGUGGAAGCAUCUGAGUAGCAAUAACAUAAUGCCUUUCAACCUGUAUAUGUUCAAAAACAACAACCCUAUUAGCAACUCUCAGGAUAUCAAAUGUUACAUGACAGAUGUCAACAGUUGGCUGCUCACCUUCGGGUUCCAGCUACACAACGUCAUCCCCGGCUACCCCAAGCCAGACAUGGAUGCAAUAGAGCCGUCCUAUGAGCUAAUCCACACACAGAUGAAAACCCAAGAAUGGGACAAUAGCAAGUCAAUUUUGGGGGUCCAAUGUGAAGUGCAGAAGCAGCUGAAGGCCUUUGUCACUCUUGAGCGCUUCGAACGGAUCUACAGCUCCAGCAUCGCCGGGUGCCGGCAGGUCAAGAAGAACAAGAACUUUGCCUCUGGAGGCUCUGUCUUCGGCAAAGGCGUCAAGUUCGCCAUGAAGGACGGGCGCGUGGCCACCGACAUUAUCAGUGUGGCCAAUGAGGACGGGCGGAGGAUUGCAGCCAUCCUGAACAACGCCCAUUACCUGGAGAACUUGCACUUCACCAUCGAUGGGGUGGACACGCACUAUUUCAUUAAGCAAGGGCCGUCGGAGGGCGACCUGUCCAUCUUGGGCCUCAGCGGUGGGCGGAGGACCCUGGAGAACGGCGUGAACGUGACAGUGUCCCAGAUCAACACAGUGCUAAGUGGAAGGACUAGACGUUACACGGACAUCCAGCUCCAGUACGGUGCGCUGUGUCUAAACACUCGCUACGGGACCACCUUGGACGAGGAGAAGGCCCGUGUCCUGGAGCUGGCCCGGCAGCGCGCUGUCGCCCAAGCUUGGUCCCGGGAACAGCAGAGACUGCGGGAUGGGGAGGAGGGUAUUCGCUCGUGGACAGAAGGGGAGAAGCAACAAGUGCUAAACACGGGCCGGGUACAGGGCUACGACGGCUAUUUUGUGAUCUCAGUGGAGCAGUACCCCGAACUCUCAGACAGCGCCAACAACAUCCACUUCAUGAGACAGAGCGAAAUGGGCAGAAGGUGACAGAGAGGGUCGAUGCGGUGACUUCUUGCCAAAGACAGCUACUCUUUUGUGGCCACUUACCUGACUGUGUUGUACUCAAUCCUUUUUCUAAACUGAACAAGGCGGGGGGGGAGGAAAAUAGAAAGAGAAGGAAUAAUACGGUUGCACUGUAACUCAUGCAACAUACUUUUUUUUUUUUUCCCUCUUUAAUUUGGCCUUCACGCGUUUUUUGCAAUGAACAGAAGGUAUAUUUUGCCGUAGUGUGAUCACAGUGAAAUUUACUGUCUCUUGUCCUUUUUGUUUUGUUUUGUUUUGUUUUGUUUUCCCCCCCUUUGUGAGGAAUUUGAAGUGGGGAGUCGUCAACGUACGUUCUUAGGUGUGAAGUGCGAAAUGGGUGUCUGUGCUAACUUGUGUCAUCCUAACCCUUUCUGAUUUGGGGCAGGGACAGAUAGCCUUCCACCCGAAACACGGGGGGGCCCGUGGCAUGCUGGAGAGCUCUUCCCGGGAAGAAAGGAGAUGGAAGACGACGCUGAUUCCGAUACUCCGAAAGCGACCGUCCGAAUCAUGUGCCUCAAAAGAGACCUUACAAGUAGUUUUCAUGUUUCACUUGGGACAUAAAGUGGUUUUUUGGGGGCUCCUGCUGAGCAGAAGUAGAUUAUAGAGGCAAAGGAGCUGAUUAUAUUAACUUGCAAGAUGAUUCUCUUCCUUCCUGAACUGGAAUAAAAAAAGAAAAAAAAUCAGUCUUUUUUCAUUAUGAGAGUAGAUACUUUAUGGGGUUUUUUGUGUGUGCGCAAAUCCUGGUUUUAGUUAAAAAACCUAGCAAAAGCCAAGAAAGGGACUCCUGCUCUAUUGAGAAAAGCUAAAAUAAAUCCUCUCUCUCAUACGUAGAGCUGUUCUAUAGGUGGAUUUAAUGCACCCAUGUUGUACAUUUGCUAAUGGCAUAACUUCAUUAAAUGUAUAGUGUUUCAGUA